CCAGCUUUUUUAAAAAAUGUUCAAGACAGCUAAGAUAGUGUAAGGGAUGGACAGUGUGUGUUUCUUGUCAAAUGUCAACAUUUCUUAGCAGAACACCAUGUGAGUGCCAAUAUUUUAUUUUCCAGUAUUUACAUGAAAAGCACAUCCUACACAGAGAUCUCAAAACUCAAAAUGUUUUCCUGACACGCUCAAAUAUCAUCAAAGUGGGAGAUCUGGGAAUAGCUAGAGUGUUGGAAAAUCAGUAUGACAUGGCUAGUACUCUCAUAGGCACACCAUACUAUAUGAGCCCUGAGCUGUUCUCAAACAAGCCUUACAAUUAUAAGUCUGAUGUUUGGGCUUUGGGUUGCUGUGUCUACGAAAUGGCGACACUGAAGCAUGCUUUCAAUGCAAAAGACAUGAAUUCCUUAGUUUAUCGAAUUAUUGAAGGAAAGCUACCACCAAUGCCAAAAGAUUACAGUACUCAGCUGAAAGAACUAAUACGAACUAUGCUUAGUAAAAAGCCAGAAGAAAGACCCAGUGUGAGAAGCAUACUAAGGCAACCAUAUAUCAAGCACCAAAUUGCUCUAUUUUUGGAGGUCACAAAAGCAAAAACAUCAAAAAAUCACAAGAAAAUGUCUGAGUUCAAGCUCCAAAGUUCCUCUGUAACGUCAGGGAAUGCUGAACUGAAAAAUGGACCUAAGCUAUCCCAGAAACUUCCUGAUCAAUACUCAUGGAAAUCUAAAGGAAAUGAAGAGAAACGUUUGAUUAACAAUAAAACCUAUGAAGUUUCUUCAUCAGAAAAACUGGCUCCUGAGCCUGAAAAAUAUAUAGACAAUAAUGGUUUGAACAGCACAGAUGUAUCUAUCGCAACACUGAGCAAAAUGGACAUAGUUAUUGCUCCACUGGAAAAGAUGAACUCAAAAAAUGUGUAUUCAUUAGAGGGUAACAAAAACAAGGGUUCACAUAUUCCCAAUGUGUCAGAGUCUGAAACAGGGGUAAAUGGCCCACCACCUAAGGAAGACAGAUUGCAGAAAAUCACAAAGACAGAUUUUCAGAAUAUUGUUGUUGGUGAAAUAGAUGAUAACAUUGACACCAUGAAGCUUCUUCAGCCUACCUCAGAGGCCCAAAACACAAAUGAUCAAAAUCUGGAUUCUACUGAAAAACUGUUGGCACCAUGUAUUCCUGUAGUAAUUCUUGAUGAAGACAUCAGUGGAAACCUAGCAGAAAAUAGAGGUAACCUUCAGAAUGAAAGCACGCAUUGUUUUCAGCCCCAAGAAUCUAAUCACGAGCCUUCCCUGUCACGACAGCAACGGCAUAAGAAAAAAGAACAAUCAGAGGUCUUUUCAGAAAAGGUACCAAUAUUUAGAAAAACUUGACUAUUUCCCCCCAUCUGAAUAAAUAGGGUACUCUUUUCUAAUUUGAUUCAGAGUCAAAGGCUCAUUCCGCAUGGGCCAAAAACAGUGGUGUGAAAAUGGUGCAUAAGGGUUUAAAAUGGUGUAAAAGGGUUUAUAUCGUUUUCACACCACUGUUUUUGACCCAUGCGGAAUCAGCCAAAGAGACAUCAAAGUAAGUCAUAGAAACAAACCUCAGUGUUUAUUAGAAUGUUGUGGCAGGGGCAGAGGGGGGACUGUGCCCCUGCAGUGACGGUGCCCACCCUGCUCCGGAACGCCCCCACCAUGGCCCGGCUGUGCCCCUGCCACGGAAGCGUCUAGGGCGUCGUGCCCUUCCCCCCCAUUGGCGCUAUGUCACCGUGU